UCUAAAUUUAUAAUGAAUAGGCCCGCAGUGCCAUACUGCAGCGAAACAAAUGUAGGUUAAAAAUCAAAACAUAUCGAGUUAUAUUUUAACUAGGAGCACCUGUUGAUGAUUUAGAAUUAAAUAAAAAGUAUCAGUUGUGGAUUGUGUGCUCUUACCUGGUGAAUGUUGACUGACAGAUUCACUGCAGUAGCAUCAAAACACAUGACAGCGCAUCAUGCGGAACGGCCCGAUCAACUGGUCGUUACAUGGGAUUAUUAAAGACCGAGGUGUUGUGUAGAGUGCCGGGAAUACUUAUGAGGAUGGUGAGGGGAAAGAGGAAGAUUUCCAGGUGGGGACACUGAUUUCUGCACUGGUAAGGUGAGGAUCUCUGGCCAGUUCUCAAUCUCAGCAGUGAAACCUCAUGGACCACACAGCUCGGAGAGAUAAGAGCAGAACCAACUACUUUGGGAAUGUUCAGAAUAGACUGGGAUCAAAGCUACCGGCUGGAAUUUCGCAGCCCCCUGGCUUCAUUACUGCGCCAUGUUCCAUUGGCGCUCAGGGUGUGUUGGGGAAGAGUGUUGGGCAGGAGUAUGUCAAAGGACAUCACCAAAUCCGAAACGCCAAACUGAGACAGUACUAUCUAAAGGAGGCAGCAUUUCCUCCUGAAGUUCCAACAACAAAGACUUUGGAGUCAUGCGGAAACAAUAAACAUGGGAUUAAUCCAGAUGCAGCAGUGUAUAGUGAGUCUCCUAUCCUCAACCUCACAGGCCCAAAGUUCCCCAAGAACAAAGCUUCAUCUUCACCGCCAACUGCAAGUCAAGAGCACAGCCUCGAUCCUGCGGUCGACAGCGUCGUUGGGGUAACCCAGGCUCUCGUGUCCCCCUCAACAGAUGCAGAAUAUGACAAGCUGAUGGAUGUGGAGGCGGUGCCUUUACCUGAUGGGAAGGUGUGUCUAUUGGCUCUGCCUUCUGAAUGUUCUCAAGGGGAGGGGCCAGCAGGCAUGUCUUGCCUCAAACUGUUCUCUCGCUAUAUUACAGAUAGAAAGGGUGUGGUGUCUGGAAUAUUGCUGGUGACGUCCAGUAAGAUCUUCUUCGACCCUCAGAAAAGUCACCCGCUCGUGCAGGAGAAUGGCUUUGAAGAUUAUGUGUUCUCCUGCUCUGUGGAUGAUCUCGCUUCUGUGUCUUUCUACACAGACAUCUCUAACAUUCACUUCAACAAGACCACACACAGAUGUAACGGUUGUAAGACAUCCACCCAAAACCAAACCAAGUGCAGCGUCCGUCUGCCUGCGAUAGAUGCCGUUCCCACUCCCGAGCCCUCCACCUUACUCGAUCUGCCUGUGACUCUGGGUAUGAAGGCAGAGAAAGAGGAUGAGGAAGGUAUGGAGACUGGUGACAUGGCUGAAGUUGAGAGACAGCUGACUUUGGAGUCUGGAAGAAUUCUGACGGCUGCUGCCACCUUUUGUUGUGGUGGACCUGAUGGUGAAUAUGAACACAGAAGCAGGAUGGAACAGCAGUCGUGUUUGGAUAAACAGCUGUUAGGUUCCUGUACUGCUACAUCAAGUGCCGGUACAGUUGGAUCUCUAAUGUUUGUGAGAAUUCGACAAAAACAGCAGCAGGGGAAGAGAAAGGCUUUGUUUAAACCUAAAAUCACCUCCAGAGACUCCUGGUUCACAAUGCAGCAGGAAAGUUCAGACAAGCUGUACGCGUACCUGAGCCAGCAUCGGCCAGACCUGUGCAUCCUGGAGGGAGGUGAGGAGGAAGCAGAUAAAGAUGAUGAAGAUUUUGUGCUCCUGGAUGAGGAGGAGCAGGAGGAAGAGGAUGAAUCGCCAAGGGAAGGACGGGCAGGGGAGGACUGGGAGAUGGUGACAGUGGAGGAAAGUGCACCGAAAGCCUCUAUUUCCACUGAACCAGAAGGUCUAAGUCAUAUAUUGAAGCAGAGUGUCAUACUGGAUCCUCAGCAAGUUAGAGAGAUCUCGAAAGAACUGCCUCCACGUACAAUCGGACACACGUGGCAUCUGUCUUACAGCACAGACAAACACGGCGCCAGUCUGAAGACUCUGUACAGGAAACUUAGCACCCCAGACUCACCUGUGCUGAUUCUCAUCAAAGACCACAACCAGCAGGUUUUUGGGAGCUUCCUCUCGCAUCCACUGCAUCCCAGUGAGACUUUUUAUGGCACUGGAGAGACUUUCCUGUUUCUGUCACAUCCUCGCUUUAAGUGUUUCCGCUGGACUGGAGAGAACUCUUUCUUCAUCAAAGGAGAUUUGGACUCUUUUGCCAUUGGUGGAGGAAGCGGUCACUUUGGUCUGUGGGUGGAUGAGAGGUUGUAUUUUGGCAGAAGCAGCCCCUGUUUCACCUUUAGUAACUGCAGCCUGUCUGAGACCAACGACUUUACCAUUCUCGAGCUGGAGGCCUGGACAUUCGGCUGAUUUAACUUGCUGUAAAUAACCCAAAGUGACACGAUUUAAUGGAGAAUAUGGCCAUUAAGAAAAAAGACAACUCUUUAAAACUUGUAAAUGAAGAGACAGAAACAGGAACUUCAGGUUGCAGACUGCGUGAAGAGGGAUUAUUCUGCCUGAAGGUUUAUCAAAGAGAGAUGGAUGAAUGCUCACUGUACUUAUCAUCUCACCGCCACUAUACAGAAGAAAACCUAUUUCAUCUUGUGAUUAAAAUGCGGUGGGUGAAGUCCAGUGUUUUAGGCCACAUUCAUAAUCAACUCAACUGUAUGAAUUCACCUUUCAUCACUGUACGAGAAAUAAUAUCUAAAUUCUAGGACAGUUUGCUAAAUGAGCUGUCGAAAUUCAUGGUACUAGUGAGGUUGACCGUGGCACCGAAGUGCCAUCUGCUGGUAGCAUUGUUUCUAAACAUAAGUUUACAGUAUGAACAUCAUUAUGAGGUCCAUCCUCGAAUAUACAGUAGGACUUGAAAAUGUGACACCCUGUAAAUAGUGUUGAUAAAAGCCUAUCUGCUGUUUGCAAGCAAGUGAUUGGUAUAUUUGGUGUCAUAAACACUGUUUUUGCAUUAUUCUGGGCCAACAGCAGCACUUUUACACAUGGAAAAGUGAGUUAUCACAUUUCUUGUGAGUUAAACCACAACUGAAAUGACUGGGUGGACUACCACACAUAAAAACUCGCAAACACACAAUCCCAGAAUAGCAUGUUUCAUGUCUGACAAACUUAUUUGGCAUCAUCUUAGAAAGCAUAUUUAUACUUUGUGGAUGAGUCCCUGUAGGAUAAUAUACAAUACAUUCUUUACAUAACUCUUAAUACAUUAGUGAUAUUAUUGCACAGUUCACUUAUCAAAAUAAUGGUUCUAAAAACUCAAAAUCUAAAUUAUAGUCAUAGAAGACUAAUGCAAUAUUUAUACAUGUGCUGUCACUGUAAAAUCUGUGUUUACACCUAAAGUGUUAACUCUUGUAACCUGUUCAAAUAUCAGAUCAAUAAAAACAAUAAUU